AGCCUUCUUCAUUAAACAGUAGUAGAGAGAAGAGAGAAGAGAGAAGAGAGAAGAGAGAGAUGGAGCUUACUCAACUUGGGUUCUUGGAGGAGCUACUAGCUCCAAUUAGAAGAGAGAGUUGGAACACAUACUCUUCUGGGUUUAAUGAGUUCUUUCCUAUGAAUAAUGGGUGGAGCUUUGAUUCCAAUUUUGAAGAGAACCCAGCUCUGGUUUCCUCAUCAAACCCUCAAUUUGGUGGGUUCUCUACACAAGCUGAGUCAACCUUUGAAUGCCCGUUACUCACUGAGCAACAAGGCUCAUCCUUCCCUUUUGUUGAUGGAGGUGGAGUGCUCACAGUCCCAUCUGAGAUUGAUUCCUCAUACACCAACAACAAUGACAGCAACACCCCUCCAUUCCCACCUCAAGAUCAAGACUACCCUUCAAUGGUGGAGGAUGAGGAGUUUGGUAAUUUCCUUGGGAGUGAAAACCAGAGCAGCUGUUUGGAGAUGGAAGAGAGCAAGAACAGUACUUGCAAAGUUGAGAUGGAGCAACAAGGCAUUGCUAUCACUUCAGAUCAUGGUGACAUUCCUGUGGCUUUCAAUAUGGGAUUGUGUGGUGGAAAGAGAAACUGCAGCAGCAAGUCUAAGAAGAUAGAAGGGCAGCCUUCAAAGAAUCUAAUGGCAGAGAGGAGAAGAAGGAAGCGCUUGAAUGACCGCCUUUCUAUGCUCAGAUCAAUUGUCCCCAAGAUUAGCAAGAUGGACAGAACAUCUAUACUUGGAGACACAAUAGACUACAUGAAAGAGCUUUUGGAAAGAAUCAAUAAGUUGCAAGAAGAGAAAAUUGAGGAGAAUACAAAUCAGUUAAGCUUAUUGGGCAUCAACAAGGACCUAAACUCAAGUGAGGUCUUGGUGAGAAAUUCUCCCAAGUUUGAUGUGGAGAGGAGAGACAUGGGCACCAGAAUAGACAUCUGCUGUGCAGCGAAGCCAGGAUUGUUGCUUUCAACAGUGAGCACUAUAGAAGCACUUGGCCUUGAGAUUCAACAGUGUGUUAUAAGCUGCUUCAAUGAUUUUUCAUUGCAAGCUUCAUGUUCAGAGGAUGCAGAGCAGAGAACAAUGAUUAAUUCUGAGGAAAUAAAGCAAGCACUAUUCAGAAAUGCAGGGUAUGGAGGGAGAUGCUAGUAGGAAAAAUGAAGAGGAAUUUCCAAGUUAGAAGUUGUAAUAACAUUGUCUUUGAUAAAUAAUCGUGCCCUUAUCAGAUCCAUCGCUUAGCCUAAUUUUGUAUCAUAAACUCUCAAAUUUGGGAAAAUAUAUGUCUUCCAG